GAUAUUAGCUAGCACUCGCUAACGGUAUUCUCUGCUAAAGGGAAGACGGUAACUCAGAGAAUAAUAACUACCUGGAUUGCUUAAAGGACUGUACCUCAAUAAAUUAAUAUAAUUGACCGAGGAAGGGUAAUUAAGCUGAAAAAACGUUACACACCGACGUUUGAUAUUUUUUUUGGUUGGGUGUCUGCUGUCUCAUGAUGGAGCGAUAACGGUGCACAUUUCUUCGAGGGAACGGAGAAGCUGCUGGAGGUGUGGUUCUCCCGGCAGGAUGAGACCAAAGGAACCGGGGGACCUCCGCACCAUCCCAAGGUUUGAGUGGGACAAACUUCUGGAGAAUGUGCAUUGUUUGAUCAUAAGUGUGACAAAGACUGACAAGCAGGAAGCUUAUAUACUCAGUGAGAGUAGCAUGUUUGUCUCCAAGAGACGUUUCAUUUUGAAGACAUGCGGAACCACCCUCUUACUGCAAGCACUGGUGCCUCUGCUGGAACUCGCCAGGGAGUACUGUGGAUUUGAUGCCAUCGAGAAUUUCUUCUACUCCCGCAAGAACUUCAUGAAGCCAACCCAUCAAGAGUUCCCUCAUCGAAACUUCCAGGAGGAAGUGGACUUUCUCAGCCAGAUAUUCCCAAAUGGUGCAGCCUACUGUAUGGGACGUUUGAACUCUGACUGCUGGUACCUGUUUACCCUGGACAUACCAGAGUUUUGGGAGAACAAGCACGCAGAUCAGACGCUGGAAGUUCUGAUGAGUGACCUCGAGCCAGCCAUUAUGGACCAGUUCUAUAUGAAAGAUGGUGUUUCUGCAAGUGAUGUCACUCGUAUGAGUGGAAUUCGUGACCUGAUACCAGGUUCUGUGAUCGACGCCACAAUGUUCAACCCUUGUGGAUACUCAAUGAAUGGAAUGAAGACUGACGGAACUUACUGGACUAUCCACAUCACCCCAGAGCCAGAGUUCUCCUACGUCAGCUUUGAAACCAACCUCUCCCAGACGUCGUAUGACGAUCUGGUCAGAAAGGUGGUGGAUGUGUUCAAGCCAGGAAAAUUUGUGACUACGCUGUUUGUCAAUCAGAGCUCCAAAUGUCGCAGUGUCUUUUCUUCUGCCCAGAAACUCGAGGGCUACAAGCGCCUCGACCGCCAGUUGGCUCAAUUCAACGAUUACAAUUUUGUCUUCACAAGCUACGCCAAGAACCGCCAGCAGAACCAGCAGAGCUGAGGGUUGAGGAUGAA